AUGGCUUACGUUCCAGGCGUACUGUACUUCAUUUCAGGCACGAUGGAAGACAUCGCGGUUACGAAAUUUAGGGAGUAUCUUCGAGUAAACACCGAACAGCCCAACCCUGAUUACGCCGCAUGUCAAAACUUCCUUUUCAAUCUGGCGGAUGAGCUCGGCAUUCAACGGCGUGCGGUUGAGGCAAGUGAUUUUGACGAUUCAUUUUCGGAUAGUAAAAAAAGGAAAAAUGUAAAACUUCCGAAGGAAAAAGGAGAAGCAAUUGAAAUUACCCGGGGUCAAUUAUUGCGACGUUCGUCCUACAAAAGUCAGGAAUCGAGUGCCACACACUCAUGUGAACUUGUAGGAGGAUCCGCGAACCUUGUAAGAGGCUGCAGGAGCGCUGUCAACACGCCUGUGAUUGGCUGA